AGCUGCCCUUCAUUUGGUCACAUCUAAAGGAUAGUUUGAAGAACAAUACCGAAGAUGAAGACGCUGUUUGAAGAGAUCAAAGCAUCAAUUAAAAAUAACUAUAACCAAGAUCGAUCAUUUUGGAGGCCUGUUCUUCCUUGGGGAGGUGUUUUUACUAUCAAAGCUGGCCGCAAAGCAGUAUCCUGUACACCACUCUAUGUUGAAAUAAGACUGAAAAAUACCUGCACUAUAGAUGGGUUCUUGAUGUUAUUGUAUGUCAUUCUGAAUGAAAAUGAAAACUUCCCCAGGGAACUCUCUCUUCAUUUUGGUAGAGAGUUUGUAGACUGUUUUCUCUAUUUAAUGGACACCUACAGUUUUACAACUGUGAAGCUACUUUGGAUUUGGGACAAAAUGGAAAAACAGCAAUACAAAUCUGAAGUUCAUAAAGCUUCAUUAAUAAUUGAUUUGUUUGGGAAUGAGCAUGAUAAUUUUACAAAAAAUCUUGAAAAUCUCAUGUCUACCAUUCAAGAGAGUUACUGUUCCAACUGGCGGUGCCCUACUCGAGUGCAGGAAGACCAACAGCGCACAAUUAGUAUCAAUCCUCCCCAAGAAAUCCCACAUGGAAACUUGAUACGACUGGCUGUGGAUGAGUUAUUCUGUUCCAGGAUCGAACUAUGUGAAGAGCUUGGGUGUGGUGGCUUAAGAGAAUUUUCCCAGAGAGUUUUUUGCCAUGGGGCACCACCUUUCGUUGUCUUAAAUAUGCAGCACUGGAAGUCUGAAGAUCUGGCAUAUGUACCCUAUUACUUGGAUUUAUCUGAUCACAAGUAUUUGUUGGAAGGUGCCACAUUAUUUAACAAAGAGGAACACCAUUAUUCUGCAGCAUUCCAGAUUGAUGGACAUUGGAUGCACUAUGAUGGUCUCAGAAAUGUGAAUUUAAUUUUGUUAAAUAAACCCCCAGAGUUUCUCCUCUUGUCAUCAUUGGUUUAUAUUCGAGCAACAGAGAAAUAAAUAUAGACUGAUGCGAAAUUAAAUUGUUUGCCCGCCUGCCCAUGCUCCCCAAGAUGAAGGGCUUUUAUAUUGUAUAUACUUGGUAUCCAAGGAAACAGUUAAACUAUAUUAGUUUCAGAGGUGUAUUUUCCAGUGUUUAGCCCUAGGUAAAUGUUUUAUAUAGAAGACCUAUGCAAAAAUGUUUGUAUUUCUUUUUUAUAUUUCUUGGGUUAUUUUUAUACAAGCAUAUUUUAUGUUGGAAUAAAAUAAAUCUUGUGGCCUUUGUAUUUUUUAAAUUUAUAUAUAUAUAUAUAUAUAUACCUCAGAGACUUUUACAAUUCUAUCAUUGAAUCCAAAAAAACACUUUGUCAUAUGAAUUUCAAAUUUUUAGUUUUAAGUUAUCCAAGCAAAACCUGGUAUUUUAUUUAUCUGACUGUAUUUUUUUUUUGCUUACCUCACUAUUAUACAAAGUGUACUGUCAGAAUGGGUAUAGAUUUUGAAUGUACCAGUUACAGAUGGCUUGGUUUAUUUUAUCCAGUGCUUUGACUAGUUUCCUUGCAGCAGUUUAAAAAGUAUUUAUGUGAGAAGUUUUCUAGACUUAAAUUAUUUCUUUAUAAUGGGAUACUACUGUAACUACUUGCUACAAUAUUACAAACUUGUCAAUGGAUUUCAAGUGUUAACUUAGCUUCCAAUCUUAGAGUUAUUGUUUUAAAUAAAUAUCCAAAAUAUUUAUCUUCUAAUUAUAUGCAAUAGAAAUUCUACAAUAGAAUGUUAUUUUUGCAGA